AUGUUUCAGAAGGAUGAAGAUAAAUCAACAUUGGCGUUCAUCUUGAACCCGUCAUCGCUGCCAUCAGCCGAAGUACUACACUCACCAGUGCAUGGCAGCAGCGUCUCGUUGUUACCAACCAUAUCACCAAUCAACAAGUCAGAUUUAAACGACUCGAUAAGCACCGAGCACGAUUCCGUUUUGAGCAGAAGCGACUAUAGCCUGGACAAGCGUAUGGAAAUAAUGAAUGUACGCGCACUGCGGUCUCACGUGGAUGUUGCGUACGCCACGGUGGCGGCUCGCGCUGUACAUACCCAAACUGUAUACAUGGUGCGCGGCUAUACAACCGUUGUUUCCAUCACGGUGGUUGCAAACUCUGUAAGAUCACUGGCUGCACUAGUAAAGCUAAGCGCUUCGGCUACUGCUGGUCGCACGGCGGUGGCCGCAUUUGCGAUGAGCCGAAUUGCUUUAAGGUGGCAGCACCAGGUGGCUUAUGUUGGGCUCAUGGCGGUGGCAACAGAUGCACGGUAG